UUCCGCAUCGCCGCCAUUUGUUCCAGACCGGUUCUUUUAACGCCUAGACUGCGUGCGAUUCGUCUUCGCACCUCCAGUAGCGUCACUGCCUUGCCGAGGCCUACUCGAAUAGAUUUGCAUUGUCGCCUGUCCCUGAAACUAUUUGAACCCGCGUGAGUCCCCGUUUCGCAUCGUUCGAAUCGUUUUCUUCCCCGCCGACCUUUACAUUGUAUAUCAACUUUUUAUCCUUCGAAAGACUCACUACCGCCCAAGAUGAAGAAGUUCCUUACUCUCUCCACCACCUCCACCCUCCUCGCACUCGCCUCCGCCCAGAAUGUCACCGUCCCAACAACCUGCACGGGCAACUUCACCGCAGGCACGGACGAGGUCCUGUUCACCGUCCCAUACACCUACGACCAAGUGAUCAGCAUCAUCGGCAACUACCAGAAUCUCACCUGGUCCGGAAGCCCAGCAGGCAGCGUCAAGCUGAAUGGCACCGACAAUACCGUCGGCACCGCACGCACCUAUCCCCUCGACGGCCUCACUGUCAUCGAGACCAUCUUGAACUACAGCAAGCCCGCAUCGCCUGGGCCGUACGAAGAAGUGCACAACACCGCCCUGCUGAACCUCGGGACAUACGAAUUCUUCAUCCCAUACGACGGCACUACCGUCACCGAGUACUGUGGCGGCAAGGCGUCGCAGUUCAACUUCACGGCGCAUUUCUGCUCCACCAACGUCACCGCCGCCGGCGCGCUGCUGCACGAAGUGCACUUGACUGAUGCCGAGACGGUCGGCAAGUUCCUGGGCGGGAAGAACUUCACUAGCUGCGCGGCGCUGGGUGGCGGCAAUGCCCCUCCGGCAUCGUCCUCGACUUUGAGUGCUACUAGCACCACCAGUGCUGCCGGCGGUUCCACUGGCAUGUCGUCGGCGACAACGGCGGCCAGCAGCGCGGCCACCAGUGCAUCCUCCUCUAGUGCGUCGGUAGCGAGCGGCCUUGCACCGACGCAUACCGCCUACGCUGGGUUGGGUGCGGGAGCCAUGGCGGUGGUUGGUGCUGUGUUGAUGCUCUAGACUGCAGUGUUUGCAGCACUUGAGCAGAUCUUGUAACCAUGGGCACGGCCAGCUAUUCCUCAAACUGUUUGGACGACGAUGUAAGGUAAAAGUUGUAAGCAGAUAGGACAAAUCCGAAGGAAAACGACGACCUCAACACAGUGUUUCCCCCGCAUCAUUCCACCAGUAUGUAAAGAGGUGUGGGCCAUUUUCUGUACGAUAGGAAAG